AUGAACGCACCACGAACGCACCACCUUUUCAGUAUCUCGCCUCAUCAACAACCCCCCUACCGAGACAUGAUCGCAUCCCUACCGCGAUUGUCACGGGGCAUAAUCCCCUGCUGCAUCCGUAGCUUCACCAAAGCAUCAUCUCCAUGCCUGCGCUCACAUCCCGCCAACUCCACACCCAACAUACCCUUCAUACAAGCCCUAUUUCCGCAAACCUCAAUCACGCUUCCCUCGUUGAUUACCGUACGUGAAGCGAGUACGGACAGGGCCUCAGGCCCUGUGACCUCCAACCUCAAUGUACCGUAG